AUGGACGGCAGAGCUGAAAGUUUGGCCAGGAAGGGGAUCAAGGUAUACGGGAUGGGUAGGAAAAUCCCACAUAGAUCGUUACGUGGGACUCAAUUCGGGCUUGUCGCUGAAGAAUUGCCCCUCUCGAUCUUGCCAACUGGGUCCCAACGUCGAGGGCGCCAGAAGAUUCUUAGUGUGGGAACCAUUCGGGCGCCGCGCUGUUCUUCCCGUCGACUGAUUGGGUUUAUGGAACAUUCUUCUGCAGAGAAUGGAAGGGUCGUAGUAAGUAUGGCAGUGGCCAUCACCGAGUAUUACCCGCCUUGGCCGGGGGAAACUGCAGUCAGUAGAUACGCAUGCCUCGCGGCUACGGCGGGAUCCUGGAAACCGGAUAACCGGGGAGGAAUGAUCCAAGGAAUAAAGGAAGCACAUGGUGGAAUGCCCUCUAUGGACUCACACGUGUCGAGGAGAACAGUGAAGGUCACUGCAGUGGGUCAACCACCGACACUAGAGCUGCGCCCGAGGCAGUUCUGGGCCGCCUCUGCGAAGAUUGGAGUAGCUGCUGUUGCAUACGGUCUUCGAUCAUGA